AAAUCUUGGGGUAGAUUGUCGUUUAAAUAAGUUGAGAAUGCCAUCCAAGUAUUUAUUUAUUCGGACGGUCGACUCAAGGUUUGUCAUCCGCUGCCAAUUAACUAUUUAUUUAGCCACUCAAACCGGAAUACCUAUCACCACAGACAUCCAGCCGCUUUGCGCUUCAAUCUCUGUCACCAUCAAUCUCCCCUGCGAGAAGGAUAGCUAGUUGAUUGCGAUCUGACAACCAUCGCUCUCUGCAGAUAACUCAGAUAUCCUCGUGCUGUUGACGCGAUGGCAGAGCCAACGGAAAAAGAGAAAAUGCUCCGUGGAGAGCUUUAUCACGCCUUCACGCCGGAGCUUAUAGCCGCGCGUGCAAAGUGCAAAUGGGCGUGUAAGAGAUUCAAUGAUUCCGAAGAAGUGACUCGGAGGCGGCAAGUUGAGCUUUGGAGAGACAUCAUCGACGACCACACCCCGCUUCCACCCCCAGCCGCUGACCCGGCCGCCGACGAGGCCCUCUUCGAAAACGAGCCCUGGAUCGAAGCCCCAAUCCGCGUAGACUACGGCUUCAACGUAAAAGUUGGCGCAGGCGUCUUCAUAAACUUCAACUGUGUCAUUCUCGACACCUGCCUCGUCACCAUCGGAGCGAGAGCGCUGCUUGGACCCAAUGUCAGUAUAUACAGUGGAACGCACCCGUUAGAUCCCGCAUUAAGGAAUGGGACCAAGGGACCCGAACUGGGCAAGGAGGUGCAUAUAGGCGAGGAUUGUUGGAUUGGUGGGAAUGUUGAUAUUUUGCCUGGGGUUACCAUUGGGAAGGGGGCGACAAUUGGGGCGGGGAGUGUUGUUACCAAGGAUGUACCGGCCUUCCAUGUUGCUGCGGGGAAUCCAGCACGGAUAAUCCGGCGGAUCGAGACGUCAAUGGCAACCUCCCCUCCAGAUGCGCAGAGCUGAUAUCGCUUGGGGUUUGAUAGGGAACUCCAUCACACAUAGCAUGGACCAUGACGCUUUCAUAGACGAAUAUUUGCUACCUAGAUUUGCCUGAUACAGAGAAGACGGAAUGAGGAACAUAGAAUGAACAAUAAGAAUUCCCGGCGCAUUCCUAAUAGCUGCUUGAAAUGAUGUCAUGAGCACUGGAUAUCGAAGGUAAUUAAGUAAAAACCAAAAGGCUUUACUUUAUGACAUCUAACUAUCUAUCAACCCUCAAAUUUUCCUCAAAUUUUUUUCGAGUUAGAAAACCAAUAUUUCUAUAAUAUUAAGUUUGAAACUUAUUUUCUCUAAGUGCAUAUAUAUACUCUACUCUGAUAUCGUCAUUAUCUAAGUUGAAUUGUUGAAGAUACUAAUGUUUUCCAUACGUAUCUUUCAUGUAGUGGGCUCAUACAAAAGACAAGUUUCAUAUAUGUUCAUCUUUGCAGUCAGGUGCACUCUCACUCAUGGGAGUGAGGGCGCGUGGCACCAGCUACUAAUUUAACCUGGGCCUGAAAGUAAAGGCUUGGGGAAAAAAAAAAAAAAAAAAAGGGGGGGGACUCGGACAGGUUGUCAAAACUCAUAUCAUCAUCAUCCAUCAUUCAUCAAAAUAACUACCCAUCCAUUGAACGAUCCGAUAGUAAUAAUAAUAAUAAUAAAGAGGAACAAGCUCCUACAGUCGCCCCGACUUCAGCUCACGCAAAAACAUUCAUUUAUAGAAAAUGGGUUGUUUCCUCUACAGAGCACCUUUGCCGGAUUUCUGACGCCAACGCGGGAUGUUGAAAAUAAUAAUGAGAAUAACUAAACAAGCAUAAAAAUAUGAGCAAAGAACCGGCUAGAGCCCUGGAAUCCAAAUGGAUAUGGCGCCGGGUGUUUUCCAGUUAGGCUCUGCUGAUCCCGAAAGCUUCGCCUUCCAUGAUUCCAUCCAGGCUUCUAGCGCCUGA